AUGAUGAGGAACAUGUCUGAUGUCAACCAACUCAAGAAAGAGUUCAAAUUCGAACAACAAAAAUUGAAUACUUUACUUUGGCGGUUAGUUCCUCAGAAAAUUUCAGAAAAGUUUUUGACAGAUGAUUUGAAAGAUAUAAUUGUUGGAAAGAAUUGCGCUAUUAUGUGUGCAACCGCCAAAACCGCUGUCAAACCGGAAUUAAGGUUAACUGAAUUAGAUGUUACAGAAAUAAUCAUGAGUUUGAGUGACAAAAUUAUGUCACAAAACAAAAACAUUAUGAGAUUGAGGACGUUCAAUGGAACUUUUCUUUUUAUUGCUGGUUUGUUUGAAGAGAAAAGUUGCAAAGAAAACAUUGAAGAUCUCAUUAGAUUUUGCGAUGAAUGCGGAAAGAAAGUUAAAGAUAUUUUCAAGAAGAAACAAAGUUUGUGCGGUUUAAUCAAAAGUGGAAUUGUUUAUGGAUACAUGAGUGGAAUUUCUAAAACAAUUUUCGAUGUUUUGUCAGAUUCUGCCAUUGAAGUAUUUGAUUUAAUUGACGUCGUUCCUGCAGGAAAACUUUGUAUCUUGAAGGAUGAAUACGAAGCAAUCAAUGAUGCUGAUAAAAGAUUUGUUGCAUAUCUGCCUCCAAGAGAUGUAGAUGUUGAAUUGUAUAUCAACAGAGGAGAAUAA